AUGGAGAAGAAAAUGCAGGAGCGAGACUUGGGGUGCUGGUUCAAGAUCACAAUUCCUCAUGGAGUAAAGUAUGACAAGACAUGGCUAAUAAAAUCAAUCCAGAGCCAUUGCCGUGUUCCCUUCACCCCCGUUGAUUUCCACUAUUCGAAAUACCGAGCACAGUUCUUUGUCCAGGAUGCUACAACUGCUUCUGCAUUGAAGGAUGUCAGCUACAAAAUUUGCAGUGACGAAAAUAGAAAGAUAUCUAUCUUUGUCAGUCCUUCUGAGGUCCCCUACUCUGUAAAGAAUAAGUUGAAGCCAGAACAUAUGGAGCAGCUAAAGGUGACUAUGAAAAAACGAUAUAGUAUCUCCAAGCAAGCUCUUAAUCUCCAGAAGCUCCGCUUUGACACAGACUUGAUGGACUGUAAUGUGGACAUAAUCCUGAAUCGAAGAAGCUGCAUGGCUGCCACCCUGCAGAUCAUUGAGAGGAAUUUCCCUGAGUUAUUGUCCUUGAACUUGCGCAACAACAAGCUGUACCGUCUGGAUGGCCUGUCUGACAUUACAGAGAAGGCCCCCAAUGUCAAGAUCCUGAACCUCUCCAAAAAUGAGCUAAAGUCGGCUUCUGAGUUGGCCAAGGUGAAAGGACUGAAGCUGGAAGAGCUGUGGCUAGAAGGGAACCCCCUGUGCAGCACCUUCCCAGACAAGUCUGCCUACAUAAGUGCCAUCCUGGAUUGUUUCCCCAAAUUGUUACGUUUAGAUGGCCAGGAGUUAACAACACCAUUUGUAAUUGACGUUGAAGCACUUGGGAUUAUAAAACCUUGUAAGGAAAGCUAUAGAGGAUCUGAGUCCUUGAAGAGUCUGGUACUUCAAUUCCUGCUUCAGUAUUACUUGAUCUACGACUAUGGAGACCGACAAGGUCUCCUCAAUGCUUACCAUGAUGAGGCCUGCUUCUCCCUGACCAUUCCCUUCAACCCUAAGGACCCAGCUGCGAGGAGCUUUUGCGAGUACUUCAAGGAAAUCAGGAAUAUAAAGAAGCUGAAGGACCCUGAUCUGCGGGCUCAGCUGCUAAAGCACACAAAACAUGAGAUUGUGGACUCCCUCAGUGUUUUGCCCAAAACUCAGCAUGAUCUUAACUCCUAUGUGGUAGACCUGUGUAUCCAGACGGAAAGGAUGCUUUGUUUUUCUGUCAAUGGAGUGUUCAAGGAAUUGGAGGCAAUGUCUCAGGGUUGUGUUCGCGCCUUCACCCGGACUUUCAUCUUAACUUCUGGCAGCAAUUCCAGUCUGCGCAUUGUGAAUGAUGAGCUGAUAGUGAGAAAUGCCAGCCCCAAAGAGAUCCAGAGUGCCUUCUACAUCUCAAUGCCCAUACCCUUCUCCAGCUCCUUGCCCACCCUCUCUCAGAGACAGCAGGAAAUGGUGCAGACUUUCUCCACUCAAUUUGGGGUGAAUCUCAAGUGGUCUCAGAACUACCUCCAGGACAAUGAGUGGAACUGUAUCAUGGCUGAUCAGGUCUUUGCUGAGCUCCAGGUGAGAUCUAAGAAUGAGACUGGGGGCAAGUUCCCAAAGGAGGUGUACAAACAAAUCUGA